AUGGCGUCGGACGGGAUGAUCUUAACGAACCACGACCACCAGAUCCGGGUCGGUGUCCUCACAGUGAGUGACAGCUGUUUUCGUAACCUUGCUGAGGAUCGCAGUGGCAUCAACCUCAAAGACCUUGUGCAUGACCCCUCCCUGCUCGGAGGAACAAUUUCAGCCUAUAAAAUAGUCCCGGAUGAAAUCGAUGAGAUCAAGGAAACACUUGUGGAUUGGUGCGAUGAGAAAGAGCUCAACCUCAUCCUGACCACUGGGGGUACCGGCUUUGCGCCUCGCGAUGUUACACCAGAGGCCACUAAAGAAGUGAUAGAGCGAGAAGCUCCAGGAAUGUCCCUGGCAAUGUUGAUGGGGUCUCUGAACGUGACUCCACUGGGCAUGCUCUCAAGACCGGUGUGUGGUAUCCGUGGGAAAACACUUAUUAUCAACUUGCCUGGGAGCAAGAAAGGCUCACAGGAGUGUUUCCAGUUCAUCCUUCCUGCUCUUCCUCAUGCCAUAGACCUGCUGCGCGAGGCCGUUGUCAAGGUGAAGGAAGCAGCCAAUGAGUUGGAGGACCUGCCCUCACCCCCGCCCCCACUGUCCCCGCCUCCUUCCUCGAGCCCUGCCCACCGCCAGACUGAAGACAAAGGAGUGCAGUGUGAGGAGGAAGAGGAGGAGAAGAAGGACAGCGGCGUGGCCUCGGCUGAGGACAGCUCCUCCUCCCACAUCACUGCCGCCUCUAUCGCUGCCAAGAUUCCAGACUCCAUCAUCUCACGGGGUGUUCAGGUCCUCCCUCGGGACACAGCAUCUCUCAGCACCACGCCGUCUGAAUCUCCUCGAGCUCAAGCCACCUCCCGCCUCUCCACUGCGUCCUGCCCAACACCCAAGCUGCAUAGAGCCACAGCAGAGAUAGGAUCUCAUUUACAGUUGAAUGUAAAAAAGUACUGUCUAGCUUUAAAUGUGCAGUCACGAUGCAGCAGCAAAGAAAAUAUUUUACGGGCGAGUCACAGUGCAGUGGACAUCACUAAGGUGGCACGGAGACACCGUAUGUCCCCUUUCCCCCUCACCUCCAUGGAUAAAGCCUUCAUCACUGUGCUGGAGAUGACGCCAGUUCUGGGCACUGAGAUUAUCAACUACAGAGAUGGAAUGGGCCGAGUUCUGGCUCAGGAUGUUUAUGCCAAAGACAACCUGCCUCCUUUUCCCGCCUCUGUGAAGGAUGGCUAUGCUGUGCGAGCGGCCGAUGGUCCUGGUGACCGUUUCAUCAUUGGCGAGUCUCAGGCAGGAGAGCAGCCCACACACACAGUGAUGCCAGGUCAGGUGAUGAGGGUGACGACCGGAGCUCCUAUCCCAUGUGGAGCCGAUGCUGUGGUGCAGGUGGAAGACACAGAGCUACUGAGAGAAUCCGAGGACGGCACAGAGGAACUUGAAGUGCGUAUUCUGGUGCAAGCACGUCCAGGACAGGACAUCAGGCCCAUUGGUCAUGACAUAAAGCGUGGAGAGUGUGUGUUGGCCAAAGGCACUCAUAUGGGCCCAUCAGAGAUCGGCUUGCUCGCCACAGUGGGAGUCACAGAAGUGGAAGUGCACAAGUUCCCUGUGGUGGCCGUAAUGUCCACAGGAAACGAGCUGCUGAACCCUGAGGAUGAUCUACACCCAGGGAAGAUCCGUGACUCCAACCGCUCCACGCUGCUUGCCACUAUCCAGGAGCACGGCUACCCCACCAUUAACCUGGGCAUCGUGGGAGACAACCCAGAUGAUCUCUUGAAUGCCCUGAACGAGGGCAUCAGCCGUGCCGAUGUCAUCAUCACCUCAGGGGGCGUGUCCAUGGGCGAGAAGGACUACCUGAAGCAGGUGUUGGAUAUUGACCUUCACGCUCAGAUUCACUUUGGGCGUGUCUUUAUGAAACCCGGUCUCCCUACAACAUUUGCCACUUUGGACAUGGACGGUACACGAAAGCUAAUUUUUGCUCUACCAGGGAAUCCCGUGUCAGCUGUGGUCACGUGUAAUCUCUUCGUCAUACCCGCCUUGAGGAAGAUGCAGGGAAUCCUGGACCCACGACCCACCAUCAUCAAAGCUAGAUUGUCCUGUGAUGUAAAGUUGGACCCACGUCCUGAGUAUCACCGCUGUAUUUUAACAUGGCACCAUCAGGAGCCGCUGCCAUGGGCUCAGAGCACAGGGAACCAGGUGAACAGUCGGCUGAUGAGCAUGCGCAGCGCCAACGGCCUCCUCAUGCUACCUCCCAAAACAGAGCAAUACGUGGAGCUGCACAAAGGCGAGGUGGUGGACGUCAUGGUCAUAGGGCGGCUAUGAUGUCGUCAGUGAGGGACAGAGGGAUGGAGGGAGCAUAGAGCUGCGAGCGAGCGGUGGUUCACGGUGCAUGCCCACAUAUCAUCGACUAUCUCUGUAAUAUGCAAUGGCACAGCUAGUUUUUAUUGAUUUGGAUAACGUUGAAGUAUAGUCGACAUCUUGAUCACAAAAAACUA